AUGCUUCAGGGGGCUCCAGAGGCUGGAGGGCCCCUCUGGGGCUGGGAUGACGAAGGAGAUGAUGACUGGGAUGCAGCUGUACUCACCUGGCUGCUACUAGCAGUGGUGGCCACCUUAGCACUGUCUUGGCACUGGUUUGGCUCCAGGGAGGACCAGGAGACACAAGGAUCCCCAUCCAGGGCUCCAGGUACACAACCUGCUCAGGCCGGAGGAGUCAAGCAGGCCCUGCACCCAACAUCCAAGGACAGUGAUGCCAGUGAAGGACAGCAGAAACCAGAGGUUCCCGGAGGUGGCCAGGGGACAUCUGCUACAGCUGGGACCCAGGGCCCAGAGCCCUCAAUAGACAGAAGUGUGGCUUCAGAUGACCAGCUUCUUCAUAGGACACCUGGAGAGGUGGCCAGCAGAGGGACCAUCCCAGCAGCCCUGGGAAAGAAAAGAAAGGAGCCAGCCAGGCCAGAACCCCCCUCCCUGGGCUACCACAAAGCAAAGGAUAUCCCUGUUCCCAUCAUGAUCCACUUUACCCCUCGAAGUCUUGACAGCAAAACAGAGGUGCAGCUGGGGGCAACUGGAACCUAUGGUACAGGGGCAGCUGGGCAAGGCCCUGUCCGUAAGGGGCAACAGGACACCAGCCCCUGGCACCUGGCUGUGGGGCCUUCCGGCCCUCUGGGGAGAGGCCUAGGCAGCUUGCGCAGGCGGCGGCGGCCUGGUAACAGCUCAGGAGACAGACCCUGCCGUCCUCUGAGGCUGGACCCUCUCCGCCUGGGCACCGUGGUGAGUGUAUGGGAUGCUGUGGACAUGGGAGGUUUGGCCAGCCAGGACAUCCUCACCAGCAGUUCCCUUGCAGGCCCCUCACCACACCGCUCAGACAAGGGGCUCAAGGCUCCUCAGGAGAUGGGCCUAGCUGAUGCUGUGGGUAGUCGACCUCAGGUGGACUCCUUCCAGGAUGUGUGUGGGAAAAGCAGCCUCCAUUUCCCUCCCACCAGCACUGCAGGGUCAGAGGCUAAGAGGGGUAAGGGUCAGGAGACUGGAUCCCUGGCCGCUAGGGAGACUCGGGACAUCCUGGCUAGUGAGGAAGCCUGGUCCCGGGACAGGGGGGUGGCUGUUGUCACUGGCAACUUCAGCCCCUCGCAAGGUGUCUUGCCAGAGGAGCUGCGCUCUGAGGCUUGUGCGCUGGACCAAGCUGCUGACCAGAGCAAGUUGGAGAAACUAGGUGGGGAGGGCCACGUCACUGGGAAAGGGAGAGAGUCAAGUCAAGGCGAGGAACGUGAGCGCACUGCUGGCAGGACAGCUACAGACCAGAGCCUUGCACUUAUCGUGGACACAAAGAAGUCCACACAUAGCUUCAGCUGCACUGCCUCCCGCAACCUUCCAGCCUCUGCUCCGACCCGGGCCCCUGAGCUGGAUCCAUCCUCUGCCACGGCUGGGCACUCCAGCCCUGGGUUCCUACAUGCAGUCUCCACCUCUGCUCCUUUAAACAAUUUGCCCCCGGAGGUUAGCCAGGGUCCUUCUGGUGGUGACAGUCUCAGGGCAGAGCCAGCUCCCUUUCCAACCCCAACUUUAACCUCAGCAGGAGCCUCGACUUCAGCUCCAGCAACAAUCCUAGCACCACCCUCAAAGUCAUCCCCAAACUCAACCUCAGCCUCAUCCUUAACCCCAGCCCCGGUUACAGCAGCCCCAACCCCAAUUUCAACAGCAACCCCAUCUUUAACAUUGUCCCCCUGCCCAGACCCAGCUACAGCCUUAACCGCAAUCUCGACACCAACUCCAUCUUUAACAUCACCCACAACCUCAUCCCCAACUCCAGUUAAAGCCUUAACCCUAAUCUCAACGGCAACCCCACUUCCAACAUCACCCCCAACUCUAGCCUCUGCCCUAGUUGCAGCCCAAGAUCCUGCAACAGACAGUGAGCCAAGGCCUAUGUCUGUGGAGUCUAAUGAGGGCCUCUCCAAGAGCUCCUCAGAAAGACGUAUCUCAAAUAGCUGGGGCAAUUUAAUUACUAUGGUUCUUAGAAGCCACCCCUUCCCCAGGCAAGACAAGGCCCAAGGCAGUGCCCCAAGGGCAGAUCUGGAGAGUCCUGCAGGGCCCAGGCCAACCACAUACUCUGAAGAUAUACGGCCAGGGCCCUCCUCUGAAGGAGCUGUCUCCAGCCUCCAGAGCAAACACAGGCCAGCCUUAGGCACACCAGCAGGCUCCGAGAGCCUAGCAGAGGCAAGAUGUAAAACACCACCAAUGAGUUUAGAGACUAAUGCAUCUCUCACCCCAGACCCUAGAGGAGAUGAAACUAAGCAGAAGAGUCUAGACUUGCUGUCCCCAGCUGUAGAGCCUAUGGCUGCCCCACAGGUCCCUGCGGGUCCUGUACAAUCUCCUUCUAUGAGGCAGGAUGCUCAACCCAUCCCUCAGCCUCGGCAACGGAGGAGGAAACGCAGCAUAGCUCAGAGCUCUGAACACAUACUGACCCAAGAAGUACCCCAGCAGCCCCAGGGGCAGGUGCUAAAGGAGGGAGCCAGACCUACAGACAGCAGGGACAUCCUCACAGAGAAGCAGAAAGAGACCCAAAAGCUUAUGGUUUUUCUGCAGAAGCCUGGGAGUUGGGGAGUGGUGGAGGGGUCUCAGAAGUACUGCUCACAGGCCUCGCAGCCUAGCACAACCGCGGCACUGUGGCCCCCAAAGCUCGAUCUAGGCAGCUGCUUGGAGGUUUUGGCCUUUGCCCAGCAGCAUGGAGAGCUGGGCUUAGCCCAGGAGACCUAUGCCUUGAUGAGCAACAAUUUACUGCACGUUCUGGGAGACCCGCACCUCUACCGACAGCUGAGCGGAGCCGACAGGGAGCGCAUCCUGAACCUGCGGACUUGCCAGGGCCAGACAGUGCUGGGGGUCCUUGUGCUGCCCAGCCUUUAUCAGGUGAGCCGCUCGGGGCUCACGAGGGGCCCCCAUAGCGAGGAAGCGCCUGCAACCAAGUCUGAGCAUUUGCCCCUUCACACAUAUCUCCAUGUGUUCAACCCACAAGAGAAUGUGUGGCGGCCCCUGACUCAAGUACCGGAGGAGGUCCCACUUCGGGGCUGUGGCCUCUGCACUAUGCAUAACUAUCUGUUUCUAGCGGGUGGCAUCAGGGGUUCUGGUGCCAAGGCUGUCUGCUCCAACAAGGUGUUCUGCUACAACCCUCUGACCAACAUUUGGAGCCAGGUUCGGCCCAUGCAGCAAGCCCGGGCUCAGCUGAAGCUGGUGGCCCUGGAUGGAAUGCUCUACGCCAUUGGUGGCGAGUGCCUGUACAGCAUGGAGCGCUAUGACCCACGCACAGAUUCCUGGACCUUGAGAGCAUCCCUCCCUGAGGGCACCUUCCCUGUGGCCCAUGAGGCUGUGGUGUGCCGAGGAGAAAUCUAUGUCACCGGGGGUCAUCUCUUUUAUCGCCUGCUCAGAUACAGCCCUGUGAAAGACUCGUGGGACGAGUGUCCCUACAGCGCCAGCCACCGACGCUCCAGUGACAUGGUGGCGCUCGGGGGCUUCCUAUACCGGUUUGACUUGCUGCGGGGUGUAGGUGCUGCGGUGAUGCGCUACAACACAGUGACGGGCUCCUGGAGCCGCGCUGCCUCCCUGCCACUGCCUGACCCCGCCCCGCUCCACUGCACAGUAUUGGGCAACACCAUUUACUGUCUCAACCACCAGGUCACCGCUACCUUCACAGUUUCAGAGGGGACUGCCCUGUUUCAAGCCAAGGAGCUGCAGCCCUUCCCGCUGGGAAGUAAGGGGGUCCUCUAUCCAUUCACUCUGACUCUGCCCCCUAAGACCUGGCUGCAGACCACAAUCUGA